CACCACUUCCAAGAUAAGACAAACAGAUAAAGUUCUUGGUAUCAUUUCGAGGAAGAUUGCCAAACUUGUCAACAAAGACGGAUCUGCUACUGUCGCUAAUGGUUGUAAUGCUCUAAACAACCCAAUCUAUUUAAUCAACAUUCCCGUUCGCGACGUGUUUUACGAGCCGCCGGUUCCUGCCAUUGGAUAUCUUCCAUUAGCACCUCCUCCUUGCAUUGAUAGUUACUAA